CGCGCCGACCAGCCACCGAUCGGACGUCUCGCUCUGAUCUUCUAGCCAACUGAACUCUGUUGUAGUGUGGAGAUGUCUGGGCGUCUGGGGCUAGUGAGCUACACGGGAGACUCGGAGAUCUCUGACGACGAGGAGCUGGAACAUGAGUCCACGGGACGGACUCCGCCGGCCGUGGUCGUCCAGGGGCUCGGCAUCCCUCCCUCACGCUCGGCAUCGGCCGCCGGGCGACUCGUCUCCACGACGCCACCCGCGUUCGUCCCUCCCGUGGUCCAGUCGGCACCACUCCUCGUUGACUACAUGGAGGAGGACGAUAUGAACGAGAGUCGAGUCGACGACAGCGUGUUUGCGGCGCCCACAGAACGAGAAGAAGACGUGGAAGACGGCAGAAUCUCUACCUCGCCUCUGUUGCUGGCGCCAGAUGUAAUGGACGAGGCCACGAAGUCUGACACCGAGUUCGAUUCCACGUCUUCCCAACCGCCUCUCUUCUUGCCUCUAAAUAAUGCGCACCUCCCUCCAGAACCCCCAGGCCGCUGCUCGAAGGCGCUGCAAGACAAAGUGGUGGCGCUCCUACAGAAGGAGCAGCGGCUGGGGCUGGACCUGAACAAACACCUCCAGGGUCGCAAGGACUUCCGGAACCCCAGCAUAUACGAGAAACUAGUGGCUGUACUUGACUUGGACGAGUUUGGAACAAACUUCCCUGAGCAUCUUUACGACCCAAAAUCAUGGGGUGAAGAGUCUAACUACAAGAACCUGCUGGAGGCACAGAAGAAGGCAUACGAAAAGAAGGAGAAGGCAAAGUUGCAGGAGCGGACAAAGAUAGAGUUUGUGAAGGGGACAAAGAGACCUGGAGGCAGUAGUGGAGGUGGUAGUGGGGGAGAAGGGGCAAAGAAGGCUCGCAAGAGCAAGUGGGACGUUAGCACGGCGGCUGACUCGAGUGGAGGGAGCAAAGGGAACACUCCCAACAAACUCGGAGAGAUUGGUGCGCAGGCGCGCGCACAGGCCACGCAGAUUAGCAAAGAGUUGAGCAAACUAGCGAAAUGA